AUGCUCAUCAGACUGUCAGGAGCAGGUCUCAUAGCGAUCGAGUGGACGUUAAUCGGCAUAGCUUUCAUCCUGGGCCUCGCUCGCCUCGAUUUGCGUUUCCAUCAUCACCAGUCAGGAUUUAUUCUGAGGGAUAUAUUCUACUUUUCCGCUCUUACCGUUGGACUAUUAAAUACCUCUAUAGACACCGCUUUAUGGACCAGCGGAAUUGAACUGUAUGAGGAAACCAAUGAUACAUGGAGCGGUCCAGAGGAUGUAAUGGUCCGAGCUCUCAAAGUAGUUUUUGUCUCGUACUUGACCUUUUAUCUGCAGCUGUACCUGACCAAAGCUACGCUCAUUACCCUCUAUUUCGAAAUUUUCGGACUACGCUCGCGGAAGACCCGGAUCUCAUUAUACGUCCUCACAGGCUUUUGUGUGUGUGCAUUCAUCGUCACCAUCUUUCUUAUGUUAUUCGGCGAUCCCUUUGGGUCCACCUGGUCUAUGGAUCCUGAUCUACGUGACGAGGAUCGUCAAUUCAAGAAGGACGUUGUGGCGUGGGCUCUUCACUUCGCCACAGACGUCGGCAUUUUUGUCCUGCCCAUCGUCUGCAUCAGCCGCCUACAGAUGUCCAGAGCACAGAAGAUUAGCGCAGGCCUCACCUUUGGCCUUGGAUUUAUCAACAUCAGCAUCACCAUUAUAAGAUGGUUCAUCGUACAUUCGCCAGUUUCUCCACCAAGUACCUACGCCGUCGACCGUAAGUGA